AUGGGUGAUGAUGCUACGAAAGACGCCUUACUUGCAAGAGGAAAAGAACACGAAAUCAAAGCUUGUUUUUACCCAUCAUCAAUUUCCACAGACCAAAUAAGUUUAAAGAAAGUGUCAGUUAUUUUAGCUGCUUACCUUACCCUAGGAACCAUCUGUUUUUCCCUAAUUCAAGAUCAAAUCAGUGGGAAAAAAACCAACAAAAUCCUGGAUUCCAUCUAUUUCUGUGUCAUCACAAUGACAGCUGCAGGAUAUGGUGACGUAGGACCAAAAACCAAUUUGGCAAAGUCUUUAGCUUGUAUCUUUGUGUUUACAGGAAUGGCUCUUGGUGGUUUUGCUCUUAGCAAAGCAGCAGAUUACAUAGUUGGAAAACAAGAAAUCUUGUUUGUAAAAGCGAUACACAUGCAUGAGACAUAUGGUCCAAAUCAGAUCCUUAAAGAAGCCGAAACAAAUAAAGUGAAGUACAAGUUUUUUACUAUUUUGACACUUAUUAUCUUCCUCAUGACUGUUGGAACUUUGUUUUUGUCACUUGUUGAACAAUUGAGCUACUUUGAAGCUUUCUAUUGUGUCUGUGCUACAAUCACGACAUUAGGAUAUGGAGAUAAGAGUUUUUCGACUCAAGGAGGACGUUUGUUUGCCAUUUUCUGGAUCUUGAUUACUACUGUCUGUUUAGCACAACUAUUUGUGUAUUUAGUGGAAUUAUGGACUGAUAAUAGACGACAAAUGCUUGUUCAAUGGGUACUUAACAGGAAGUUGACGAUUCAAGAUCUUGAGAAAGCCGAUCUUGAUGAUGAUAAAGUUGUCAGUGCUGCAGAAUAUAUUGUGUAUAAGUUGAGAGAGAUGGGGAAGGUGAGCAAUGAAGAUAUUGCGAUUGUGGUUGAAGGGUUUAAGAAUCUUGAUGUUGACCACUCAGGAACAUUGACUGUUGACGAUAUAAAAAUCAUUGAAUCACAAUCCUGA